CGGUGAUACUUAUCCAAAAUUACUAAGGUGACCACACCUACUCGGUUAAAUAGAAUUACUUCCAUCAUACCGAAUAUCAGUAUUCUAAUAUGGCCGACAGUGAGAACUCUAAAAAAGGACAAUAUGGCGACUCUAAAAGCUUAGAAGAGAAAGAAAAGAAGAGGAAAAGUGAAUCCCUGGACAAAGAGGGAGAUAGAGUUGUUCAAGUAGAAAAAGACUUGAGCAAAUUGAAAAUUAAAGAAGAUAUUGUACCGUUUGAUAUGAAGUGUCCAAUCUGUCAGGAUAAGAGUCGUCACCCACUAACACUUCCCUGUGGCCACACUUUCUGCUACUUAUGCAUCAAAGGAGUUUAUGCAAGACAAAAGGUCUGUGCCCUCUGUCGGCAGGCAAUCCCUCAACACUGUAUAGUAUCACCACCAGGGACAGGGGAGAGAGAGGAGGAGGAGGGAAGGAAGACGUGUUGGUAUUACGAAGCUAAGAGUGGAGGAUGGUGGGAAUAUGAAGAAAGAGUGAGACAAGAAUUAGAGAUCCAUUAUCAAUCACUGCAGAUCAACAAUGAAGACAAUCAAGAUGAUGGUCAAUUUGUAAUAUAUGUAUCAGGAUUCCCUUAUGUCGUGGACUUUGCUAAAAUGAUUCAGUACAGACAAGAUAAACCGAACAGAUCAAGACGAAUCAAGAGAGAAAAAGGUGUGGCUGAGGAGGGGGAGGAGCUAGUGAGGGGUGUGGCUGGUAUUCCAAUUGCUCCUUCAAUUAGACAAGACGACAAUUAACCAUCUCAUUUCAUUAUUUAUUAUUUUAUUAUUCAAUGUUGAGUUGUUACUAUUAUCAUUGUUAUUACAUUGUUAGUAUUGUAUUUCAUUGCAUUUCUUUGUUCCAUUACAAACCAAUUACAUAAAA